AUGACCAGUGUGCUCUCGUUCCAGCACAGGGACAGGCAUGAGGAGCAGCGACAGAAACCAGAGGACCCAAAGCAUUCACUCUCCAGCCCUUUUCCAGAACAAAAAUUGACAACCCCCAGCCUAGAACUAGCAGCCCACUUGGCCUUUCCAUGUCUGUCUCUGGCAUCGGAGGAAGGGAGCAGGAGCCCUGCCAGCGCCUCAGUGGCUUUUGUCCCCGUUAGGGCCGCAGAGUGGCAGCUGGAGCAGCCGUCAUGGAGUGGCCGGCUACGGAUCACUGCACAAGGGCAGGUGGCCUACAUCAAGCUGGAGGACAGGACCUCAGGGGAGCUCUUUGCUCAGGCCCCAGUGGAUCAGUUUCCCGGCACAGCUGUGGAGAGUGUGACCGACUCCAGCAGGUACUUCGUCCUCCGCAUCGAAGAUGGGAAUGGGCGACGGGCCUUUAUUGGAGUUGGCUUCGGGGACCGAGGUGAUGCCUUUGACUUCAAUGUUGCCUUACAGGACCAUUUCAAGUGGGUGAAGCAGCAGUGUGAAUUUGCCAAACAAGCCCAGAACCCAGACCAAGGCCCCAAAUUAGACCUGGGCUUCAAGGAGGGCCAAACCAUCAAGCUGAACAUUGCGAACAUGAAGAAGAAGGACGGGGCCUCCGGCAUGCCCCGAGCCCGGCCUGCCAGCACCGGGGGCCUGAGCCUGCUUCCUCCUCCUCCCGGGGGCAAAGUCUCCACCCUCGUCCUGCCCUCCAGAGAGCAGCCGGCUGUUGGAGAGUCCCUGGCUCCCAGUUCAGGAGGAGGUGCCACCGUGUCCUGGCCGCAGCCCAAGGCUGCCACCGCUGAUGUCUGGGGCGACUUUACCAAGUGCACAGGGUCAGCGUCCGGCCAGACUCAGCCGGGCACGGACUGGGUGCAGUUCUGAGCAGUGCACCCGCCUCCCUCUGACAGCUUCAGCAAAGGAGGCGCCGCAUCGGGACGGCAAAGCACUAGCUGCUGGAAGGUGGAGCCCGACUCUCCCCUCAAGCCUGGCUCCUCUAACAGGCUGGCACCUGGCACUCUGUCACCCAGUGCCUGGGCCCCCUGUGUGAUGAGGACACACACUGAGGAGAACUGCUCCCGGAGCCCCUCUCCUCCGUGCUUUUGCCACGAGCGGCUGAGACUUGAGCCCUCCGGUCAGCGACCGUAUUAAACACAGGCCUCAAGAGCAAAAGAAGGGCUCGAGUGUGCUGUCUGCAUCCAGUGGCCUCGUCCCCGUGUGGAGGGACACCUCUUGCACCCCCAUGGGCUAUGGCCACUUAAGAUGUCGUGGCUGGAGGGAAAUCAGUACUAAGCAGCUUUUUAUUCCCUUGGUAAUAUUUGCUUGCUUUGCAAAUAUGCUGAUCUGCACUAACUCCUUGACUUUGCACGGGCCUGGAGGCAUUCCCCUUCAGCACAGGACUGCCCUGAGCUUCAGGAAGCAGCGGGCAUCUCCGCCACGGUGCCCGGCUUCCACUGCCUUCCAGACUGGGUAGGCAGUGCAGGGCUGAGAUAGGCGCUGGAAGAGAGCUGGCACUGAGUGGGCAGAAGGUGGGCACUGUCUCGUGGAGGCAGUCAGCCUUCCUGACCACUGGGGGCUUAGGGGCUCAAGGUUCCCUGGCCAACUUGGGUUACUCCUUGGAGAUUUCUGGAAGUGCCUUGUCUGCAGACUCCUUGCUUGUUUCUCUCCUUCAGGGACUUGGCGUGAACUGAAAGUCCGGGCUGUCCUGGAUUCCCGGUUCGUCAGAAAUCAUUUUAUCUGAGCACACCUCUGAAAUUCCUUGUAUGGAUGCAUCCUCCUGCUCCGCUGAAAGCUUUCUUUGUGAAGGGUCAAGACUGUGAACUAAAAGUGUUGGCCUUAAAUGUGGGACCCUAAUUUUCUAAGGGAAAAUAAAUAUUUUUUGCUCUGUCAA